AUGCGGUCACAAGGUGAAGACACUGAGGGCUAUCCCAAUGCUGUCCUGACCCUGCAGCCUGCCUGGGCACAGAUAUUCACAGGAGAGACAGUCACCCUGAGCUGUGAGGUGGAGGGGGGCUCUGAUGGGCGUGAAGAGGCAGGGUGCAGUGAUCAAUACAGCAGUAAAUAUGGGGACAGCUGCACAAUCAGUAAAGCUCAGUAUAACCACAGUGGAGUGUACUGGUGUGAGUCUGCAUCAGGACAGGAGCGCAGUAAUGCUGUCAACCUAACUGUGUCAUUGCUGACUGUAGUGAGCUGCUCCAGACAGUAUGAUGAGGGCUGUCCCAAGGCUGUCCUGACCCUGCAGCCUGCCUGGGCACAGAUAUUCAUAGGAGAAACAGUCACCCUGAGUUGUGAGGUGGAGGGGGGCUCUGAUGGCUGGAGGUUUAAACAGUACAGAGGUAGACGUGAAGAGGUAGGGUGCAGUGAUCAAUACAGCAGGAGAUAUGGGGACAGCUGCACAAUCAGCAAAGCUCGGUAUCACCACAGUGGAGUCUACUGGUGUGAGUCUGCAUCAGGACAGGAACACAGUAAUGCUGUCACCUUAACUGUAUCCAAUAAACGAGUAAUCCUGCAGACUCCCCCCCAGCCUGUGAUUGAAGGAGACUCUCUGACUCUGAGAUGUCGUGUCCGCGAUGGUUAUACAGCUACCUGGAUUCGAUUUUAUAAAGAUAAUAAAGAGUUACAGUCCCGGGCUGGCACAGAGCAGAGUCUGGAUCAUGUUUCAAAGAGUAACGAGGGGUCCUACAAGUGCAGAGUGUGGUGGAGGACGAGAAGCUCAUCUUACGAUGGUGUAUCUGCAGAGGUGCGGGUGUCAGUGAGAGAGCUGCCGAAGGCUGUGCUGACCAGCAGUCCUCAAUGGGGAGAGCUGUAUACUGGAGAGACUGUCACCCUGAGCUGUGGGGUUGAGGGGGGUUUCACUGGCUGCCAAUAUCUCUGGUACAAGAGCAGUCAAGGAGGCACAGUGCAGAUCAGAGGCACCACUGGAGCCAGAUACACACUCAGCCCUGUCACUCAGUCCCAUAGUGGACAGUACCAGUGUGAGGCACAAAGAGGAGAUCCACCACGUUCCUCUCAGCGCAGUGAUCCUGUUAUACUGACUGUGUCUGUGGGACGUCCAAAGGCAGCACUGACCCGGGAGCCCGCAGGAGAGAUAUUUGAAGGAGACACGGUCACCCUGAGCUGUGUGGUUGAGGGGGGCUCUGGUGGCUGGAGAUAUCUCUGGUACAAAGACAGGCAGGGAGCUCCAGUGUACCAGACUGACAGCAGCAGUGGAACUGGAGCCGGAUACACAAUCAGUGCUGCUGCUCUGUCCCACAGUGGAGAGUACUGGUGUGGAGCUGGACGGGGCAGGAACACAUUUUACUCACAAUACAGCGAUCCCAUCUGGGUAAAUGUAACUGCUCUGUUCUCCAGGGUGACUCUGACAGCAUCUCCAGGAGCCACAGUGAAGGAAGGAGAGGCUCUUAACCUGACCUGUGAGGCAGCAGUGAACAAACCCCCCCGCCCUCAACUCCACUACACCAUUGUGAGAGACGGGGAGCCUGUGACUAACAGCACUGACUCUGCACUGUACAGCAUAGCCAGCACUGAGAAGAGCCACACUGGGAGCUACACGUGUGCUGUGGAGUCACAGGGAGUGAAGAAGAGCAGCCAGGAGCUACACAUUGAAGUGCAAAAGUCCUGGUUGUGGAUCAUUGCUGCUCUCAGUGUCUCGCUGGGUUUGAUUAUUUUUAUUCCCAUCACACUAUUGCUGUUCUACCGAUACAAGACCAAAGGUUUUCUGUUCAUUGCUGCUAAAUCAAGGCGCCCUGCAGAUCAGACUCCUGCACAGCCCUCGAGGGGAACUGAGCUCUCCGGACUUGGACAGGAGCCUGGUAACUCCACAACAUUCAACAUAGAGAGUGUAUACGCAGAAGUGAAGCCAAAUCAACAGAACAAAGCUGUGCAUGUCACUGACACCCCCUCAACAUCCAGUGGUGAUGAAAUCCUUUACUCUGUGAUUGACUUAAAGAACGCAAAGCCAGCUAAACCCCGACCAAAACGUGACUGUGGCGUCCUGUACUCUGCUGUCCUUGUCAAGACACCAGAAGUAAAGGAAGAGGGUCCCCAAGGAUGAAAGCCAGCCUGAAUCCAGAGACACUGAGAAGGAGUGCAUGUCAGAGAUCACAGUCCCUCCUGAAUUUAGAGAACAUCCCUGGGAUUCAGGUCUGUUCCUGGCUAUUGAAUUGGUUUGGUGAUUUUAGGACAUAAUUACUGGGCCAUUCUACAGAUAAGAAAAACAUUGUGCUUUUACUCUACAGACAAUGUUUGUUCCAAUGUAACAAGAUAUAAAAACAACCUGUGUACCUUAGAGAUCUUAACAAUUGUGAUUUUUUUAGGCUUCCAAGCCGUAUAUUUUUACCACAAUAUAAAGCAUGCUUGUAUUGUUUCUAUUAAAAAACACAUUCUUUAAUUCUUAGUUUAAACUGCUGCAUAAUAAAGUGAAUGGACACA